UCUUAUGGAAUUAGAGCGGACGGUGUGGUCUACUGCUGUUAUGUCCACCCAAAGGAAGACCCUAAUGCCCUGCAUGCAUAUUUUCAUUAAUCGGCUCGAUCUUUAUAGUCAGGCGACCCCUGGAUUAGGGGAUCGUACCCUACCUAGAUAUCCUGUUCUUCCAGAAGGACACGAGAGGGUAGGCGGAGCUCAACCUCGCCGGUCGAUCUCCCUCUGUACUUUUGGGUCAUGACGACUGUUGGAAAGCCCUUAGUGGUUAUUGACGGAAGCCACCAUGCGGGAAUCGUGAUUGUCGUGGGGACGUUGGCCCUGAUCAUGGCGUUGAUCUGCCUUGCCAUCCGUGUGUAUGUCAGGACAUUGCUGAGCCCGGGAUUUGGACGAGAUGACCACCUACUGUUCGUUGCUACGGCAUUCGCGAUCAUCCAGACCUCGUUGGUGAUGUCAAACUCCGCCAAAGGGUUUGGGACAUCCAUCGGGCUUCUUUCUUCCGAGCAGGUCGUGAAAAUUCAACAGACAACUGCUGCCACAGACGCUCUAUUCCUGAUCACCGUCUUCCUGUCCAAGUGCUGCGUGCUAGGAAUGCUCUGGCGGCUGACUCCUCAGCGUAUCCAUCAUACGGUUCUUUACGGUAUCUUGGGACUGAGUGUCUUCUGGGUGCUGUCCUCAAUCCUGAUCCUUCUGAUCAAUUGCGAAUUGAACAGGCCAUGGGCAAGGCCAGUAGAUCACUGCAGUGGCUUGUUCGAAAAAUGGGAAUACGUAUCUGUGAUGGACAACAUCAUUGAGCUGAUGCUCUUUUUGUUCUCAUUGCUUCUCGUCAAAGAUCUACAAAUGCCAACGACUCGAAAGCUCAUCGUCCUCUCCUCCUUUGCCGUUCGCUUACCACUCAUUGCCUUCUCCUCUCUACAUCUAUACCAUCUCAACAAAUACGCCUAUUCCUCAAAUCCUACAUUCGACAUCAUCGACGGCUAUGUCUGGACCCAAAUGGGCAUGAACUACUCCCUCAUUGUGUGCACCGCCUUUUGCCUCGCCCCAUUUAUGCGUGCCAUCAGCGUCACCUACGGCAACGCAGGAGAGGCUACACUAGGUACCAGCAGUGCUCAAUCAAGGUCUGCCAAAUACGCUAGAGAUCUCUCCAAACAGUCGCAGAGCUACGUCUUGCAAUCCAUGGAUCAUCACGAAGAGGCCGGCCAUGGAAUGAACCCGCGACAUUCACAACCUACUUUUGUACCGGAUCGAACCGGCGGCAUCGUCACCGCGACUGCAUACGACGGGGGGAGUAAAAUGACCGACGGGGACAGCGUAACCAGUACAGACAGUACUAAAAUGAUUAUCAAAAAGAACGUCGAGUACACCGUUACUCAUGAGUUGAGAUAAUACAGC